CCUUCUCAGAACCUUGAUUAGUUUCAGUCCACGGAGGACAGACGCGCUUUCUCCGUGGUUUAACCAUAUAUCCUCGUACUUUCAGAAUCUGAACUCGGGGACAAAGUUUGUCUUUAAAUAUAUGAUAUAAUAUAUAUUCAAUCAUGACAGUCUCAGCGAUCGACAGCCAGCGCUUGAAAAAAUUUAUUCGCAAACAAAGGGGUAGAAGCUUGAUUCUGGAUUGUAGACCGUUUCUAUCCUUCGCCGCGUCCCACGUUCACGGCUCGCACAGCGUGAACCUGAAUUCGGUGGUGGUGCGAAGGUCGAGAGGUGGCCCGAUCCCGCUACAGUUCAUCAUCCCGGACGAGAGAGCUAGAGCCCGGCUGCGAGAAGGCAGGGUGUCGACCGUGGUGAUACUGGACGAGAGAACUUCGCAGAGGCAGAGGCUGAGCAAGGAUAGCACGGCACAGAGCGUGUUAAACACGCUAACUGCUGUCAUCUCAACAGCCAAAAUCUAUUUCCUGAAAGGGGGAUAUGAAGACUUUCACUCCCUGUACCCAGAGUGUUGCAUUGAGACAAAGCCGACCUUGAACUAUUCCAGUCUGCAAGAGGUUGCAGAACCUGAUGCAAACCAACCUGAGAAGCCCUGUGGCAAUUGCAGACCAGCCUACGAUCAGGGGAAACCUGUGGAGAUUCUGCCCUAUUUGUACCUGGGCAGUGCAUACCAUGCAUCCAGACCAGACUUUUUAGAUGACCUCCACAUUACUGCUUUGCUGAACGUCUCCCGUAACUGUGCAGAAUACUUCACAAGCAAUUAUCUCUACAAGUUCAUCCCAGUGGAAGACAGUGCCUCGGCAGAUAUAAGUUCCCAUUUCCAGGAAGCAAUAGACUUCAUUGAUCACGUGAGACUCACAGAAGGGAAGGUCCUCGUCCACUGUGAAGCCGGGAUCUCUCGCUCACCCACGAUCUGCCUGGCCUAUCUAAUGAAGAGCAAGCAGCUACGAUUAGAGGAAGCCUUUGACUACAUUAAAGAACGAAGAAAUACAAUUUCUCCAAAUUUUGGAUUCCUGAACCAGUUACUGAAUUACGAAACAGAAAUGCACCCCCUCGCGCACACAGUCAGUUCGUGUAAAAGGGACACCGCGUCUUGCUCCGCAGAUGAAUUGACCUUCGACAAAAGUUUGGACGGUUCCGUUUUCACCUUUCCCAGUUCACUCUUAAGUAUAGUGCCAAUACCACCACCGGGUCACCAGUUCGAAUUCAACCCAAUAAAGGUAUCGCUUUCAUGCUGAAAUGCGGCACAACAGCAGAUACUGUGGAGUGAAGAAACAUGAACACUCACAAGUCUUAUGAUGGUGAACGUUGACUGCUUUUAAAUGUCUUCUUCAAGUCCUGCAAUACUUUGUGCUUACCACGCUUGGCUCUUUCAAUGUUCAUCCCAUUUAAGAACCUUCAACUCAGCACAUUUUCUGCUCAAAAGCUGCUGACUGUUGUAACUCAUUACUGUGCCCACUGGAGUGUGUGCUAAAUAUCGCCUCUGUUACUUAUACUGCAUACAUGUCUACCUAGCCUAGUUAGGCAGGAGGUCUUUCAUUGUUUUAUGGCUCAAAGUGUCCCAGUACAAUAAUACAAACCAAAGCUGACAUCAACAGUAUACAAUGCUUCUAUAUUUACCCAUCAAUGUCCGCAUGGUUUUGUGUUUGUCGCAAACGAUUGCAUGAACAGUCAUAGUGUUAUAUGUGUGAUGUUAAACAAGGUAGUAAAUGUCUUUCUCCAAGAAAACAGCCAUAAUACAAAGGAACUGGGGAGAUGGCUACAAAUCUUUAUCAUCAUUGUUCAUGAACUGUAGUCCCUACUGGUUUAUAGUGUCAGGAUAAAUGGUUAACCACCUAAAUAGGAUUACUAAUUGAAAAAAAAAAUAAUCAAAUUAAUUGACAUAUGUUUUUACCCCAAGCAUCAAGUUUUACCUGAUUGUACUACAACUAAUUAUUUUAUUUCUUAAAACCAGUAGAUUUCAAACUCUUGAUGUCUAUUCCAAUUGUUAGACACAUCCUGUUUGCACAGUAGCACAUUUACAUGGAAAUGGAACAUCAACCCACUAUUCUUCCAGAAAAUAAAAACCUUUGUAUCGUAUCGUUCACCUCUGUAGGGUGUAUCACAAAAAAAUAGUUUAAAUUGGAUAAACUCCAUGCAUAGGAAGGAAAUGCAGAUGCUGGUUUAGACCGAAGAUAGACACAAAGUGCUGGAGUAACUCAAUGGGUUAGGCAGCAUCUCUGGAGAAAAGGUACAGGUGACGUUUCGGGUAGUAAGAAGUGUUCUGACCCAAAAUGCAAAUUAUUCCUUUUCUCCAAAGAUGUUGCCUGACACGCUGAAUUAUUCCAGCACUUUCUGUCUAUUUUGGGUAAACUCCAGUUGAUCUAUUCUGGUUGGGAUACCAAAAGAGUUCUUUACACUUGAUUUUUUUCCCAUUGGAGAGUGAAAACAUUUCAUGGUUCAGGAUUGCCUCGUUCUUGUGAGCAUACCUUGUCCCACUACAGGAUGUUAUGUAUUAAGACUACUGGUUGGACAUAAAGCCAUAGACUGUUAGACUGCUGACAACAUAUGAGGAAAGAUUGGGAAGACUGGGCUUGUAGUCACUGGAAUUUAGAAGGAUGAGAGGGUAUCUUAUAGAAACAUAUAAAACUAUAAAAGGACUGGACAAGCUCGAUGCAGGAAAAAUGUUCCCGAUGUUGGCGGGACCCAGAACCAGGGGCCACAGUCUAAGAAUUAAGGGGAGGCCAUUUAAAACUGAGAUGAGAAAAAACCUUUUCACCCAGAGACUUGUGAAUUUGUGAAAUUCUCUGCCACAGAUGGCUAUGGAAGCCAAUUCACUAGAUGAAUUUAAAAGAGAGUUAGAUAGAGCUCUUGGGGCUAGUGGAAUCAUCGGAUAUGGGGAGAAGGCAGGCACGGGUUACUGAUUGUGGAUGAUCAGCCAUGAUCACAAUGAAUGCUGGCUCGAGGGGCCGAAUGGCUUCCUCCUGCACCUAUUUUCUAUGUUUCUAUUAACAUGAGGUUGGUGACAGGGAGACUCUCUUUACAUUUGUCCUGGUGUUUAUUUUUGUUUAUGAUUUGCAUUCUUCCAUUAGGAUUAGGGUUAUGAAACUUCUACAUCCCUCAACAACCCUCCCCUCAUGCACGUGCUAAAUCAGCAUAAGCAUGGCUCUUCUCAAUCCAGGACGGAUUAGCAUUCAAAACCUAGAUUACUUCCUCCCACUGUAUUGCUGAACUUCCAUGGGUUGAUUCUCUGCCUCCCCAUUCCAUCACUCAAAUCCAAGAUAUCAAAAGUUCUUCAUUUAUUUUUAUAUAACAUUAUACUUUUUCUGCAACCACAAAGGUGCUCUGGUUUCCUCCCACAUUCCAAAGACAUGAGGGUUUGUAGGUUAAAUGGCCUCUGUAAAUUGCUCUGAAUGUGUAGGGAGUGGAUGAGAACGUGGGAGUAGAUAGGAAUAGUGUGAAUGGGUGACCGGGUGUUGGCAUGGACUCGGUGGGCCGAAGGGCCUGCUUCCCUGUGUUUUAUUUUCAAUCAAUAUAAUCCAUCUCAUCGGGUGUAUAAUGGGGUUGAAUCAUACCAACAUCAACCUCAUGAAUAUCUUAGCACAAUACUACCUCUGAAAGUUGAAAAUAAAUGAAAUGUUAAUUUAACCUUGGUGCUCUUUACACUUACAACGCUGUCCCACAUCUUGUUCCUCCAGCUCUCCUGCUGAUAUAAUAAACAUUGAAAUGCAGUUUGAGUCAUUUUGUCAAGUUUGUCUCAUAUCCUGUGAAGUACUGUAUACAACCUGUGAACUGUGUGUGAAUAUUUUCAGGGAAAGUUGCAAUAUCUUAUUGUACAUGAGCAAUACAUUUUGGGAAUAUGUGCAGUGAUGUUUAUUUGUAUGUUUUCCUGUACAAUAUCAAUAAAACAAGAUUUCAAAUGAAAAAAAA